AUGCAUAAAGAUGGGAAAGACAGUUUUCGUAAAUCAAUCACAGAGCGCGAUGUGAAUGAUGGCAAAGAAAUCGAUUGGAAGAUAAACGUUCAACAGAAGCAUGGAGGUAACGACAUUCCGUUGGUUAGAUUUAUUACACUUCAACGAUCUGUUUCACUUAUCAAUCUAGCGCUUUCAUCAUGCAAUGAUGAUGACCAAGAUAGGAAAAAAAGAAGCAUUUGGCGUUUGUUAAACAAGACAAGACAAACCAUCAAAUCGAUUAAUGAGAAAGCAAAAGGAAAAUACGAAUCAAAGAUUGCUAUUUGA